AUGGCUGCAAAUAAUAUAAAACAGGCUCAGGCUGUGACUGUCAGUCUACAAGAGUUGCUCGACGGCACCGUCUCCUUCGACACACUCACCGAAGCCUUCGGCCCUUCUUCCCUCGGAAUUAUUGUCGUCAAAGACCUCGCUCCUAAAUUCCAACACCUCCGCGCGCAAGUCCUCUCCAAUGCCUCUUAUCUCGCUGCGCUUUCAAACGAUGAACUCGAAUCCCUCACAUCUGCUGAAGCAAAAUACCUAGUCGGCUGGUCCUGCGGCAAAGAAACCCUGCGCUCAGGCCACUUCGACACCCUCAAGGGCUCCUACUACGUCAACUGCGCCUUUUACCAAGACCCCUCUCUCCAGAACGCGCCAGCGGCCGGGUACCCCGAUUUCUCCGAAUAUACGGCGCCGAACGUCUGGCCCGAUGCUGGGAAGCUGCCGACGUUCCGCAGCGGAUUAGAAGAGCUGUGCACGCUUAUUAUUGAUACUGCGGUGCUUGUUGCUAGGGCUUGCGAUCGCUAUGCCGAGGCGAAUAUCGAGGGCUAUACCGGUGGAUAUUUGGAGAAGGUUGUUAGGGGGAGUUUGACGACAAAGGCGAGGUUACUGCAUUAUUUUCCUACGCCUGAUACGGAGGGCACCGACGCUGGUGCCGAUCAGGAAGAUGGCGAUGAUGACUGGUGCGCGACACACCUCGACCACGGGUGUUUAACGGGUCUUACGUCUGCGAUGUUCAUUGAUGAAGAUGCGCACUCGCCUGCAUCCUCGUCGCAGUCCGAGAACCUGCCUGAGCUCCCUGCAUCGCCGGACCCGAAAGCCGGGUUGUAUAUCCAGUCGCGGACGGGGGAGGUUGUCAAGGUGAAUAUUCCCAAGGACUGCCUGGCGUUCCAGACGGGGGAGGCGCUGCAGCUCAUUACGAAGGGCAAGUUCCGAGCCGUGCCACAUUUUGUGAAGGGCGCGAAGGUUCCGAAGGGGAAGGGGAAGAUUGCGAGGAACACGCUGGCUGUGUUCACGCAGCCGAACCUGGGGGAGGAAGUUGAGGCCGGGAAGACAUUUGCUGAUUUUGCGAAAGGGGUGGUUGAGAGGACGUACUAG